AUGGCAAGCCGCUGCUAUACUCUUCUAUGCUCGACAUCAAGAUUGACUAGCGCACGCAUUGCCCUUGCUCCUCUAGCUAGCCGGUCAAGAUGGUUAGCAACAGAGACUGUAUCAUCGUCUGCAGCAGCUCCUCCACCACCAAGUGACCCGAAAAUUGGCCGCAUAGUGGACGACAUCUCCGGCUUGACGCUGCUCCAAGCAGCAGACCUCGUCACCCUCUUGAAAUCGCGGUUAAACAUUCAAGAAAUCGCAAUGCCAGCAGCUUCAGCCGCAGCACCCGUCGCUGCCGCUCCGGCUGAAGAAGCAGCAGUAGAGGAGAAACCGAAGGAGAAGACUAUCUUCAAUUUGAAACUUCAGUCCUUCGAUGCCGCAGCCAAGCCCAAGAUCAUUCGUGAGGUCAAGGCCCUGAUCCCGAACCUUACCCUCAUCGACGCUAAGAAGUUCGUGGAGUCCGUACCUCAGGUCCUCAAGGAAAACAUGCCCAAAGAAGAUGCGGAUAAACUAAAAGAGGUCCUGGAAAAACUGGGGGCAGUAGUGGUGCUUGAGUAG